AUGUCCGGCGACCCCGCGUCGCAUGUUCAGUCGAAUGUUGAGGCGACUGUGAAGGAUUCACGUAAAGGAUACACGGAGAGAUGCGACGUAGUACUGCUUUCGCACGGCGACCCAGCGACGUCGCGCAGCGAUGAUGCGACGCCACCCGCUUCGGCUCCGUCCGUGUGCUCCCUCGCGAAUCCCGCGCAUUCCAAAACCACACGCUUCACGCAAAUACCUCCCCCGUGCGAUGCCGCUACCGCACAUUCCUUCCCUGUGUCAACGCAAACGGGACCCUGCACCACACCACUAGCUCGUACUCUCGCACGGCGCUCUGCCACUGCAGCCGUCGCCCUCGUUCUGCUCGUCGCUCUCCUUGCCACGCGUCAGUCAUACCACUAUCCGCGCUCUCCGGUGUCGCCUAGUCUCUCGCGGAGGUCGUUAGCAGCAGCAGGGAGCGGCGCCGCGUCUGGUUCGGGCGGGAAGCUAACUCCGGGCUUCGUUGCGAAUAUCACGGCGGGAGUGAAGGCAGUGACCGCGAGGGUGUACGCGAUAAAGAAGGGCCGCGGUAAAACGAAGAUGACGGAUUCCUGCGCCAACGACUGCCUGUCUCUGAUGACCACGGCGCUGGAUCAUCUAACCCGCGUGUCCAAGGCGCUCAAGACGCACAGCAGCGCGAGUGACGUGCCGUACUGGCUGACAGCGGCGCAGGAUCAAUUGACCACGUGCCUGGACGGGUUCCGAGAGUUUUCCCCUGCCACUCUCAGCACGCCGGCUGGAAAAUCACUCCAGGCACAUGGCAGACAAGUCAAGAAGUCUCUGGACAGAGCAAUUAAAUUGUCGCUUCACUCUGCAUGA